UUCUGAUUCAUUCGUCACCGAGCAAAAAUUUUGUUGUCAGAGCUAUCGCGCUUGCAGUUACUCAGAAAUAACACUAUAGUUUGCUUCUUUCCUUUAAGGUUUAUGCGUGCAAGCUCGAAAUCACUUGACAUUUUCGAAGGGGCUUGAAUCAUGUCUCUCGAACAAGGGCAACAGCAAGGAUCCUCUUCAUGGAUGGACAGAGCAACCAGCUGGAUUAGACUGAACAUAGACCAUUUUAAGACGAUUCCAGGAAUGCUAAAAUUGGCCCAAAUAGUUUUCGGCAUCAUUUGCAUUGCGUGCUCCUCACCGACAACUGUGCUUGGUACCGUGUGGUUUAUUUUUGUGGCGGGUACUGCCAUCACGGUCUCGUUCAUCUGGAUCUUGAUCUACUUCUUCUCCAUCAAGGACUUUUUCCGAUCCAUCAAUUGGAAUCGAGAAGAGAUGCUUUGUUUUGGCCUCGUGACGGUUUUGUACCUGACGGCGUUUAUCACUCAAUUGGCAGUUUGGUCUCCUGCCGUUUUCAGCAAUUUCAAAAUUUCAAAUUUGGUUGCUGGUAGUUUCGGAGUGCUCAAUUUUGUGGCUUACGGAGGAAGUACAGGAUUCGCCUAUGUGGAGUGGAGAGCUCAACCAAAUAUGAUGAAUCAAUGGCCCGCGUCGCAACAAAAUCCUCCCCUUCCGGAGGGCCCACCUGUUGAUUACUCGGCGCCCGCUCCAGAAAACAGUUCCUUCAAAUUGGACAUGGGAUAUUUGUUUACAACGCCGCCAGGAAUUUCAAAAUCGCUGCAAAUCCUUUUCUGCAUCAUUAGCUUGGCUUGCGCUUCUCCAGCUCUAUUACCGGGAACGCACUGGUUUUUGAUUGUCACGUCACUUUCGCUAGUAUCGACGAUUUUCUGGAGUGUCAUCAAUGUAUUUUGCCUUAAGGAUGGCAGACACGACAUCAGAUGGAAUUUAGGGGAGCUAGUCAGCUUUGGAUGUUUUACAAUCCUGCACCUGACCGCCUUCAUUACGCAAUUGGCAAUAUGGUCACCAUGGUAUUUGGCCGCUUUAAGUUUUGUCAGAGAUCCUAACCUGGCUGCUGGAAGUUUUGGACUUUUCAACUUCGUGGCACAUUGCUCCAGCGUGUAUUUUGCCUAUAUGGAAUGGAAAAGCGAGCCAAAUUUGUAAA